GUGAUCGACUAGGAAAUGGUCAUGCAAUGUAUUAAGCCUUGACAUCCACUCUGUUUCUUUUCCAGUGACGUUUUACCGCCCACUGCGUCGCAUUAUGAAGAAGUCUCCAUACAGUCAACCACAUCCAGCGCUGAAGUGGUUAGUCUUGCAUUGGAGAAGUUUGGAUGUGGUCAUCUAGCCUCGAGCGACUUUUACUUGGCCAGUAUCUGCAUGGAUGGAGGCGUCAGUGAAUGUCGCCUAGCUGACGAUGAACCGGUCGCUGCCUAUCUCAGCCAGCUGCGGCAGGAAUCGGUACGUACAUAUCAACUCACACGCCUUGUAUUGCGUUUCGUGGAAACCGACUCGGACGGCGUAGUGUCACUUUUCGUGGGAAACUUAAAGGAGAACCUCUCGCAGCGGCUGUACGAAUGCAUCCUGCUAGACAAGUUGGGAGAAGAAUGUCGUUGGGAUGCGAUCGAUGCAAUCUAUUACGAAAGUGGUUGUCUCGUGCUAUCUUAUCGGUCCAGUGAAAAGGCCGCGUUGGCUUACGAUCUACUAAAGGAUUCAAUGUUGAUGGAUAAACCACUGAUUGCGCUGCUGUUACCCACGAUUCACCCGAAAUUGAUCCCCAAAGGCGUGCAACCCUUGCUGGUCUUCGUGAAUCUCAAAUCAGGCGGUUGUCAGGGCAUGGACCUAAUUGUGUCGUUUCGUCAUCUACUCAAUCCUCUCCAGGUGUUUAAUCUCGACUAUGGGGGUCCCCUACCUGGUCUCUACUGUUUUCGUCACUUGACCUCCUACAAAAUUCUCAGUUGCGGAGGGGACGGCACCGUCGGAUGGACCUUGUCGUGUCUCGACAUUGUCGGUCAAGAUGCGGCUUGCAACUCACCUCCGAUUGCUCCGUUGCCCUUGGGCACGGGAAACGAUUUGGCUCGUGUGCUGCGAUGGGGGUCUGGAUAUUCCUCUGCCGACGAUCCUCUAGCCAUUCUCAAAGAUGUGGUCGCGGCGGAAGAAGUUCAGUUGGAUCGGUGGACGUUUGUCGUGCGCCCUGAUGAAGAUUUCAAAGAUGAAGCGAAGUUAGCGUUAGAGAGCCAAAACAACGCGGCAACUGCAAACGAGGAUAAUUCAAUAAUGAUCAUUAUGAACAAUUACUUCGGAAUCGGGAUCGACGCAGAUCUGUCCCUCGAUUUCCACAACGCGCGAUCAGAAAAUCCCUCCAAGUUUAAUAGCCGCAUUCAUAAUAAAGGCGUUUACUUUAAAAUUGGUCUGCGUAAGAUGAUCAAUCGGACCGCUUGCAAGGACUUGCAUAAGCAAAUCGUAGUGGUUGCGGACGGCAAUGUCUUAAUGUUGCCUCCGAUCGAAGGUUUAAUCGUGUUGAAUAUCCUCUCUUGGGGCGGUGGAGCGAACCCAUGGGGUAUGGAAAGGGAUGACGUGUUUGCCAAACCCACUCACUACGAUGGACUGUUAGAGGUCGUCGGAAUCUCCGGUGUGGUUCAUAUGGGUCAGAUCUACUCUGGUUUGGGCACUGGUAUUCGUUUAGCGCAAGCUGGACACCUGAAGAUUUUGCUCAAAACCGAGCUUCCUAUUCAGAUUGACGGUGAACCUUUCAUCCACCCUGCUGGUCAAAUUAUGGUCUUGAGAUCCGCCUUGCGGGCAACUAUGUUGAGGAAGGUGAAGCGUAUCAAACGUCGAACAGUGGAAAUUACUCUACCCAGUGAACUGAGUCGUCUGGUCGUACAACAGAGCAUGCAACCCGACUCAUUGGAGACUAUUAAUGCCGAUCGUCCGUUGUCAUCUCCACCCACACCACCUGGCCAGGCUUCAUCACUGGAUCACCUUGAUGGUGGCUCGUCUUCCACACAAAAGAAACCACUGAUCGAGAACUCUAGCUCCACUUCACCGCUUUUCUCCCAACGCAGCCACUCAUGUUCUCCACCGGCUGAUCGGGACCCCAUGAGGUUGGAUACCCCCAAACCUUUUCCGAGCUCCUCCGAUCCCAGCCAAUUGCCUUUGUGCCUACGCAAUGCAGACGGGGAGGUGGAGUCCCAAACUUUCCACUCGGUGUUGCACAAUGACGAAGGCAGAAAAAAGGCUGUUCCAAAGUCAUCAGUGAUGGGUAGGCGAUGA